AUGUCUUGGCCGGCGUUCCUUUACGCAGGAUAUACUGCCGAUCAGAACAAUCUCGAGGAAGGUCUGUUCAAAAGCAAGCUUUUAGUUCAGGCAUUCAAGGCUAUCUUUACAUCCCCCUCCUCAGCAAAGGACGUUUCCGGCGAUGGUGAUGGCGCUAACAUCAUCGAAAAUAACAGACGUGCGAAGAAGGAUCCCUUGGGCAAGAAAGUCAAAACACACGUGGCGCAAAUCAUCAAGAUGAAUAAAGUGUCAGCCCGCUCGAUCGCGUAUGUAUCGUGUCAAUUGCGAUUCGCACUUUCAUCAGUGACUUCGUGGCGAUCAAUAGAUGAUGAUUUUGAUUACACGCAGUUCUGGUUCAACAUCGUAGACUUUUUUGAACGCCCCCCUGGCCGAGUAGCGCAGCGCAACGUUGACCGGUUGCUUACAUGGUGGACAAGGAAAGUCUUUGGUACCAGUCAUCGUACAGAACUUAGUGAUGCGGCGAAAGGCAAGAUGUCCGUCAAUGCUCUCGCGAUGCAGAGGGCGCGACUGGAUGAUGCGCUGUUCAAUUCCGAGUAG